AUGUUCCGAGACUUCGGGGAACCCGGACCGAGCUCCGGGGCCAGCGGUGCGUACGGCGGCCCGGCGCAGCCCCCGGCGACAGGCCAGCAGAAGUUCCACCUCGUGCCAAGCAUCAACGCACUGAGCCAGGAGCCGCAGUGGAUGGUUCAGCCUCACUUCCUGGGACCUAGUAGCUACCCAAGACCUCUGGCCUAUCCCCAGUACAGCCACCCACAGCCCCGGCCAGGAGUCAUCCGGACCCUGGGGCCACCUCCAGGCGUGCGUCGCCGGCCCUGUGAACAGAUCAGCCCGGAGGAGGAAGAGCGCCGUCGAGUGAGGCGCGAGCGGAACAAGCUGGCCGCGGCUAAGUGCAGGAACCGGAGGAAGGAGCUGACCGACUUCCUGCAGGCGGAAACCGACAAGCUGGAAGACGAGAAAUCAGGGCUGCAGCGAGAGAUUGAGGAGCUGCAGAAGCAGAAGGAGCGGCUGGAGCUGGUGCUCGAAGCCCACCGCCCCAUCUGCAAAAUCCCGGAGGGAGACAAGGAGGGCGACACUGGCGGCACAGGCGGUAGCAGCAGCACGCCAGCCCCGGUGCCUUGUAUCUCCCUUUCUCCGGGGCCUGUGCUUGAACCUGAAGCAUUGCACACUCCUACGCUCAUGACCACACCCUCUCUGACUCCUUUCACCCCCAGUCUGGUCUUCACCUACCCCAGCACCCCUGAGCCCUGUGCCUCAGCCCAUCGCAGGAGCAGCAGCAGCAGUGGGGACCCGUCCUCUGACCCCCUCGGCUCCCCCACCCUCCUGGCGUUAUGA